AUGACAUUCUACGCUCUAUGCAUGGUCGGAUGUCUUGACGGUGUCCCUAAUAUUUAUGCUGUUAAGCUCCAGGGCACCCAGUCUUCCGGUGCUGAAGUACGUGUUGGAUAUUUUGCCAUGUGCGCGGGGACUAAAAGUCCACUGGUCUGCCACUCAACACUUCGCUCAUCUGCACUCGACUUGUUCCCCUCGGACAAUGGCGAACUUCAAUUUCUCCUACAGCAGGCAGAAAUUAUCCAAAGAAAGAUUCUGCCCUAUAUCAUCCUUAUUGCAGCUUCCUUCUUCGGUGUUAAAAUGCUCUGCCUAGCAGUUGAGUGGUUGUGGCCAGGCCGUUCCUGGCUAAGAACUUUCUGCAUCUUGAAAUUAAUCUCGGCCUAUGCAUCUCUGUUCCUUGUCAUUGCAUCGGCAUCCGAAGUGACAUUCGCUCUGAAAGCUCUAGCUUUUUCCAACACUAUAGGGCAAUCCAGUAUCAACAUUCAUCCAUCAGUUCCCUUGGAGGGCUUGCACUGGACGCUUGCCGCCUUCUCUCUCAUCUUCCACCUAGCUGGCUCACUGCAUCUCGAUUUACAUAGGCCAUUGGCAGCCUGGCAGAGUGGUACGCCAUUUGUCCACCAGCCUCUCAGUCUAGAUACCACAUCAAUGUUAGGUAUGCCUCCACCACAGUUUACUCAACCUCUACCCGGGUUCGGCCACUCUGGAGGGCUUCCUCCCCCACCUCCCUAUCCUUCUGGAAUGCCUGGCUUGCCUCCGCCACCCCCGCCUCCGCCGCCUCCUCCUCCAAGAUAUUAG